UACUAUCUGAUUCGUUUGAUUUAAAGCAACUAAGAAUCCUGUGUUGUGCAAAAAUGGCUUCUGAAGCUCCCGUCAUUCCUCUUCUUACGCCCUACAAGUUGGGGAAAUUCAAUCUAUCCCAUAGAGUUGUUUUGGCACCACUGACUAGACAGAGAUCUUACGGCAAUGUUCCUCAGCCGCAUGCUAUCUUAUAUUACUCUCAGCGAGCUACCAAGGGGGGUCUUUUGAUAAGUGAAGCUACAGGUGUUUCUGACACUGCUCAAGGAUAUGUUGAUACACCUGGAAUAUGGACAAAGGAGCACGUGGAAGCAUGGAAGCCCAUUGUGGAUGCUGUUCAUGCCAAAGGUGGUAUCUUUUUUUGUCAGAUCUGGCAUGUGGGAAGGGUUUCAAAUACAGGUUUUCAGCCAAAUGGGCAAGCCCCAAUAUCUUGCACAGACAAGGGACUGACCCCACAAAUUCGAACUAAUGGCAUUGAUAUUGCACAAUAUACACAGCCAAGGAGGCUGAGGGUUGACGAAAUUCCUCAAAUCGUCAAUGACUUCAGGCUCGCUGCAAGGAAUGCUAUGGAAGCUGGCUUUGAUGGGGUUGAAAUUCAUGGUGCCCAUGGUUACCUUGUUGACCAAUUUAUGAAAGAUCAGGUCAAUGAUAGAACCGAUGAGUAUGGUGGAUCACUAGAGAACCGUUGUCGGUUUCCUUUGGAAGUUGUUAAAGCUGUUGCUGACGAGAUAGGGGCAGAGCAAGUUGGAAUUAGAUUGUCACCUUUUGCACAUCAUGCAGAAUGUUGGGAUUCCAAUCCUAAAGAACUUGGCUUGUACAUGGUGAAUUCCUUGAAUAAAUAUGGCAUUUUGUACUGUCACAUGGUGGAACCAAGAAUGAAGACUGCUUUGGAGCAAGUUGAGUGCCCUGACAGUCUUGUUCCAAUGAGAAAGGCCUUCAAUGGCUCCUUCAUUGUUGCUGGAGGCUUUGACCGUAAAGAUGGCAACAAUGCAGUGGCAGAGGACCGUGCAGAUCUUGUUGCCUAUGGUCGGUGGUUCUUGGCAAACCCAGAUUUGUCAAAGAGGUUUGAGCUUGAUGCCCCUCUCAACAAGUACCACAGGGAGACAUUUUACACUUCUGAUCCUAUUGUUGGAUAUACUGAUUACCCAUUUCUUGAAGUGAUCUCUUAAGGCUCUAAUUGUGUUAUGAGUAUUUUCAUUCUCUGCUAUGAAGGCCGUUCCAGUUUCAGUGAGUGUAAUAAACUUGAUAAAUGGCACAAAAGGCCACUGGGCAAAAGUUGAUUGUCUGUGCCCUGCUAUUUCUCCUUUAUGAAUAACUUUGUACUAUUUUGGGUUCAAGUAAUGUAACAGAAGGGGUAUGCUUUGUCGCCACCAAUAUAUAUUACUCAUAAUAAUGUUACUACUCUUGUAGUCAUUCGCUAAUCAUGAGUUAUCUUUUGCUG